UUGGCCGGCAGCUCCUGAAGGGAGGAAGUGCGGUGGCGGCAGGCGGACGCCGCCGACGGCACUGCCGCCCCUGAACGCCGGAGCCUCGCCGAAGAUGAACAUUAUGGAUUUCAAUGUGAAGAAGCUGGCGGCCGACGCCGGCACCUUCCUCAGCCGCGCCGUGCAGUUUACGGAAGAGAAACUUGGGCAAGCAGAGAAGACUGAAUUGGAUGCUCACUUGGAAAAUCUUCUGUGCAAGGCAGAAUGUACUAAACAAUGGACAGAAAGGAUUAUGAAACAGACAGAAGUAUUACUGCAACCAAAUCCAAAUGCUAGAAUGGAAGAGUUUGUCUAUGAGAAGCUAGACCGCAAAGCACCAAGUCGUAUGAAUAAUCCAGAAUUACUGGGCCAGCACAUGAUUGAUGCUGGAAAUGAGUUUGGUCCAGGAACAGCAUAUGGAAAUGCACUCAUUAAAUGUGGAGAAACACAAAAACGAAUUGGAGCAGCAGACAGAGAAUUAAUACAGACAGCUGCAAUAAAUUUCCUUACGCCACUGAGAAAUUUUAUAGAAGGAGAUUAUAAAACAAUUACUAGAGAACGCAAAUUAUUGCAAAAUAAAAGACUAGAUUUGGAUGCUGCCAAAACUAGACUGAAAAAGGCAAAAGUAGCAGAAGCCCGAGUUUCACAACUAAACCUGUCUCCACCUGAAGAAAAUAACAUUAUGGUAAAUGUUUCUUACAUGCUCAACUUGCUGCAUGUAAAAUGGCUAAAGUCUGAACAGGAAGUCAGGAUAGCACAGAGUGAGUUUGACCGGCAAGCAGAAAUCACAAGACUUCUUUUGGAAGGCAUCAGCAGCACACAUGCACAUCACCUUCGUUGUUUGAAUGAUUUUGUAGAAGCUCAGAUGACUUACUAUGCACAGUGUUACCAGUACAUGUUGGAUCUUCAGAAACAGCUUGGAAGUUUUCCAUCUACGUUCCUCGCCAACAAUAACCAGUCAUCUUCGUCCUGUGCUCCGAGUAGUUCUAGUACUACUGUGUCCGCUGCCUCUGUUACACCCUCACUGUCUUCAGUAAGCAAUGCAGCAGUUACGUCAAGCUUUGGUGAACUGAAAUCAUCAACUGGCAGCCGAAAAGCCAGAGUUCUUUAUGAUUAUGAUGCUGCAAACAGCAGUGAAUUAUCACUUCUUGCAGAUGAGGUAAUAACAGUGUACAGUAUCCCUGGCAUGGAUUCAGACUGGUUGAUGGGUGAACGAGGAAAUCAGAAGGGCAAAGUGCCUAUUACUUACUUAGAACUGUUAAACUGAAUGACUGGCUUGUAUAAAUGUCAUUUAUGGUGAGACCAUAUUUAUAUGCAAUUAACUUGAUAUAAAGCAGGUUUAAGUGUCUUCCAUGUUAAUGUCUUAAUGAAUGAGAAUACCACCCAUUAGAAUGGGCUUUCCUGCCAGUAUUUGUGCAUGGUAGAUACUCUUUUCAGAUCUAAGUUGUUAAAAAGCUUUUACUUUAUGUGCCAAGAUUGUUUCCUACAGAAUUUUGUUUCUACUGGAGUUUUCACUAAUAAUAAACAUCAGCUUUUGAAUAAUUAAACCUGAAAGCAGGAGAAACUGUUUUCUACAGAACUUUUCAUAAUGGCAAGCUUCUUCAUAAACAAUAAAUUGUUAAACAAUGAA